CAAUCGUACUAAAAAAAUGAAUCGAAGGAAGUUAAUAUUGGCGAUUUACCAAAGUUCACCUUCGAGAUGCUUGCUAAUGCAACAAACCAGUUCCAUGUAGAUAAUCUUCUCGGGAGGGGAGGUUUCGGUCCUGUUUACAAGGGAGUUCUGACAAAUGAGAAAGUAAUUGCUGUGAAAAGACUAUCAGCAGAAUCUGGACAAGGGAUGCAAGAAUUCAUGAAUGAAGUGAUUGUAAUUUCUAAACUCCAACACAGGAAUCUUGUCAGAUUGUUGGGAGGUUGUGUUGACAAAGAAGAGAAGAUUCUGAUAUAUGAAUACAUGCCAAACAAAAGCUUGGACACUUGUCUCUUUGGUCAUACGAAUCCCACAAAGAAGUUGUUAGAUUGGAAUAUGCGUUGCAACAUUAUCCAAGGCAUUGGGCGAGGCAUCCUGUACCUUCACAGAGACUCAAGACUAAGGAUCAUUCACAGAGACCUUAAGCCAAGUAAUGUUCUGCUAGACCAAGAUUGGAAUCCAAAAAUCUCGGAUUUUGGGAUGGCAAGAAUAUUCGGAAGCAAUGAGGACCAUGGAAGUACUGCUAGAGUAGUGGGAACAUACGGAUACAUGGCACCAGAAUACGGAAUGGAAGGCAGAUUUUCAGAAAAAUCUGAUGUAUACAGCUUCGGAGUGCUGAUUCUGGAGAUUAAAAAAGGAAAAAAGAACACACUCUAUUUCAAUGAUGAAUUUUCCUUGAGCCUUAUUGGAUAUGCGUGGAAAAUGUGGAAUGAGGGUAACGGCUUGAGUUUCGUUGAGGAAAGCAUUGCAAGAAGGGAGACAGAGGAAGAGAUGGUUCGAUGUAUUCAGAUAGGGCUGCUGUGCGUCCAAGAAUCACCAAACGAUAGACCUCUGAUCCAAACAGUUCUGUCGAUGUUGAGUGGUGAAAUUGUGGAGCUGCCACUGCCCAAACAGCUGGUGUUUGCAGAAAAUGGUUCGAACUCGGGCCCCAAUGGAUCAACACAGCAAUAUGUCUACUCCAAUAACGAGCUCACUCUUAGUGUGCUUGAUGGAAGAUGAAUCUAUUUCCAGAUCACUAUAUUAUUCUCUUUUUAGUUAUACAAUUUUACUUUCCUAGAGCUAUUUGUAUUGUUUUUUCACGUUCAUUAGCAAUACUAAAUGAAUAUCCAUCUUUAAUUAGUAUAAAA